AUGAUUUUUAAGGACAGUCGUGGUGUGCAAGAACAUCCUUCUAUCCCUUCAUCUUAUAAAGGAAGAGUUAAAAUUGAAGGAAGAGCUACCCUGGUUAUCAAGAACAUCAACCCUAGAGAUAAUACCAAAUUUAAAUGUGAAAUGUGGGGAUGGCAUGUUCGAAGUAUAGUGCAGCUUAUUGUGGCAGGUACGUAUUAGAGACAUAACCAUUAAUAAUCAAAUAUAAAUCAAAUUCAUUAAACUCAUGUCUCAUAUUUCUGAGAUCUGGAAAAAGUAAACAAUAGCAUAUAAAUUUGCACAAACCUUCCUAUGCAGGGCUGAAAGUGGCCAGCUAACCCGACUUUUUGGAACAAUAGUGCUACUUUUAUAUGGCAUGCGACGCUCAACAAAAGGAGAAAAUAAAUUCUACCGUUUACUUUGUUGUAAUUCUCGUGAGAAAGAAUUCAAAGAGUUAUUGCUUCAUUCUUCUGGCACCAACUACUGGGUUGCUCUGUUAUGCAUAGAUAACUAUUAUUAAUAUGAAUAAUAAGAUUUUCUCUUAGCAAAGCUCUCAAUUAAAAAUGGCCAGUCAACAUUAGAAACAAUCCAACUAGUUCUAUGAUUUUGCUAAAUCAGUGAAGGAGAAUAUUGCAUGACCAAUCACAGGCAGCAUGUGAAAUUAAUUUGGUGUGGAAAAAAUGGCAUUGCUUUUCAAGGGACUUGCCAAAGGGACUUGCCAAAGGGAAUGAAAGUCGACAUUAAGCCUUUCGCUGCUUUCUGAGUAUUAUGAUCUUCAACGUUUACAGAUAUAAAUUUAGUCAACAGAACGGUGACUUCCUCAAGUAAGUUCUGAGACUAAGGAGCAAUCCGAGACUUAGAUUUGAUUUAUGCGCUGGAGCAAAAUUCUCCUAAAAGUUAUGGAAGCAGCAAAUCAGCAAAGUCUAUAAUCCAAGCUCUUUAUGCUAUUUGAAAUACUUUGAGCAUGCAAACAGAAAAUGAUGCAAUGAUGAUCAACUUGGCAAGGUAGGGAUGCUGUUCCUAGAAGAUGCUGUUACUCAUGGAGAUCAGUUCAACAGCUCUAAUUUUAUUGCUAAUUUUGGUUUCUCCACCGAGAAACUGGCUGAGUUUCGCAAAGAGCUCCAAUGGACUAAAAGUAUUCCAUUUCAAUUUAGAGUAUGAAUCAUUUUUUUGAGCUUAUGCAACCUAAACUUUUCAAGAAAUUUUCGUGUAUGAAACAGAAGCGUAGUGUUCUUUGAACAGAUUCUUUAAUUUUCUCUCUGAGUGUUUCAACUUACAUUUUCGAACACAGUAUCUUGGAUGUCCUAACAAUGUUAAGUACAUGGAAACAAGUGUGAUAUUAAGUAUGUAACUUCUUGGUCAUUUAACUGUGCUUCAAAGUUGAAAACAUUUGUGAUAUCUCAAUCAUGAUACUAAAAAAAAGCCUAUUUAAAAACCUUUGCACGAAUUCAGUCCGACUGCACAUUGAGAGCAGGUCUCAGUUCUUGAAUAAAAAAACAUUUCAUAAGGUAGGCAGUCCAAUUUGUUCGUACUCUUCUUUAAAACACUAAAAUUAUUUUUAAGAUCCCUCAAGGCCAAAGAGUGCUUGUUGCGAAAAUGCCUGCCAAUCGAUGGAGUCGAUUUUCCGUGUUCUUGAACAUGUUGAUGUAGAUGCAUGGCGGCGUGUAAAACCAACAUAACCUGCAUCGUACAGGUCACAUUUAAUGUUGUAAACAACGGUCGUGUGGCAAAAGACGAAUUUGCUUUGGGCUCCCCCUUGAUCCUCUAUUGGCCUUUUUUUUUAUAUCAGCAUUGAGGAUACUCAUAACAACGAUAAAUUAAGUUAAUUUCAUGUCUUUAUAACGCGCGGUGUUUAGGAAUCAUUAAUUAAUCCCGUUUGUAUUUGAGGUGGUGUGACCUGUAACUUGAGCAAAAUUUUGAUUCCGUCGAUACCUGUCCUAUAGAAACGGAACACAUCGCUGUCUUCAUCUCGAAAUUUGAACAUCGUCUAUCGGUCGUGAGAACGGUUUUAACGGUCAGCGAUUCGAAGCUUUUGAUGUAUAAGGUUGAAACUGAAUACAAAUGUUACGCGCGACAUUUCAGGAAAUGCUGCUUUCAUAAGAGCAGUUUUGCUUCGUUCGUACUUUUUAUUCACGCAUAGCGUUAUGUGAUAAUGAUUCGCCCCAGGUAUUGUAAUCCGGAUUCCGGAAUCCAGGAAAUUUUUGCUCGUGGAAUCCGGAACCCUGGGCAUUGGAAUCCAGAAUCCCGCUGAAAUCCAUUUGCUGAAAAUCCAUAUCAUCCGUAUCAUGCAGAUCUUUCGCGAUUUUGCAAAGGUUAAAGUACAGUUGAGUUGGUUGAACACCGUUUUAUGCGCUAUCUCAUAAUGUCGAAUAUCAUCGCCAGUUACAUAGAGGAAAACAAGCUUUUCUCAGUCAUAGUCUGCAAUUAUUUGUGACAUACACGAGGUGUUAUAAAAAUUGUAUUUCAGUUUAAAUUUUCCUUAAUUUGGUCUUUGUUUAAAAGGAAAGUUAAAAAAGGUAAUUUGAGAUGGAAUCCGGAAUCUGCAGGGGUAGAAUCUAGAAUCCAGCACCUUGCAUGUAGAUAUGGAGUUUCUCUUCUCGUUUUCAACUCGACAUCUCAUUCGUUCGCUGCGCUCACUCGUGUGCGAUCGAAUUAAACACUCGAAGAGAAAUUCCAUAUCUAUGCGAGCCCAUGUAUUAUUCUCUAUUUAUUUUAUUGUAAUUGGGUAAAUUUUAAAACUCAGUCCAAGUAAAAUUUGCUAAGCCAUAUGAGCAAUGAUAUAAUCACUUUUACCUUUCAGAGGCACCACUUAUAAACAUCUCUUUGGGAGGAAAAUAUUACAUUGAAGGAUCCCCUGUCACCAUAGCCUGUGAAGCUUCUGGGAAACCACUGCCGGAUGUAGCAUGGAUUAGAAAUGGAGAACUGGAAAGUUCAGGGAAGAAAGCUGCGUUUUUAAAGUUCGAUAAUAUAAACAGAACAGAUGCAUGCAGGACAAUAUACAUGUCAAGCCAAUAA